AUGGUAUCUGAGAUUGCGGAAUCCCCUGGUUCGCGCCAUGCGACAUCGAGGUGGGCCGAUCUCCUCUCUCCUCUCUUGGAACGCGGGGUCCUGUCCGUUCUUCGUGCGCGUUUUUCGUGCAGAAUACGUGUCCAUGCCCCGCCUACCCGUCCACCGGCAUCGCGCGCGCGCAGCUGUCCCAUGUCGUCGGCGCGCAUCCACGCCCGCGUCGUCGUAUGCGCCCUCGCGCAGACGCAUAUGCAGGCUCGUCUCGCAAAGCGGGAAGCGGGACGCCUGCUGCAGAGCGUAAUCGUGAAAACGCACAUUACGGUACGCUGA